UCGCCCCUCCUUCCGGGCCGCGAACUUCGGGCGAGACCGCGGCCGCGCUCCGCACACACCACUUCGCCUCCCCGGAGCGGAGGAGAGCUGAGCGGGCGAGCGAGGCUGACUGGUCGGUGGGUGCGCCGCCGCCGCCGCCUCCCCUUCCCGGGGGGACUGUGUUUCAUGUCUUCGGACUGGUUCAAGCGGCGUUUCUUGAGUAGCUCCAGCCCGACGAGGCGAGGGAAAGGCGCCCCGCCGCCGCUGCUUCCAGGAGGCGAAGGAGGGUUGCAGCAGCAGCAGCAGCAGGUGCCCCAGCCGCCGGCGCCCCCUCUGCCGUGCAGGCGGCCGAAAUUCCUGCGCGGCGCUUCCUACGUGGAGGAGGAGAGCUUGCCCGACCGGCGGCGCCCCGUCCGCUGCCCGGCCCGGGACAGGCCUCUCCAGUGGCACACCGGCUAUGCGGAAACUAUCAAUGCAGAAAAAUCAGAAUUUAAUGAAGACCAGGCAACAUGCUGCCAGAUCUCCAUCAGGAAGAAGGACUACGGCAAAGAGGAGGACCAAGAGUGGCUGAUUCUGUGCUCAACUGAGUACAUGACUGGCUAUUACUGGGCGUUGUUUGAUGGCCAUGGUGGCCCAGUAGCGUCUGUUUUGGCCUCCAACUACCUGCACUAUUGCAUCAAGCAGAAACUAGAGGAUGUGGUACAAGGCAUUACUGAAGACCGUCCCCCAAUGCACCUCAACGGACAGUGUGUUUGCCAAAGUGAUCCACAGUUUGUGAAAGAAAAGCAGAUUCGUCAGGAAGAUGUGGUAGUUGGAGCUCUGGAGAACGCCUUCCAGGAAUGUGAUGAAGUGAUUGGUCAGGAGAUGGAAACGACCAACCAGCUGGGGGGCUGCACUGCCCUAGCUGCUCUUUAUCUGCAGGGAAAGCUCUAUGUGGCAAAUGCAGGUGACAGCAGGGCACUCCUUGUUCGAAAUCAAAGCAUUGUUCCUUUGAGUACUGAAUUCACACCUGAGACAGAGAGACAGAGAAUCCAGCACCUGGCUUUCCUUUACCCAAAGCUCCUGGCAGAUGAAUUCACACGGUAUGAAUUUCCAAGAAGAUUGAAAGGAGAUGACGUGGGCCAGAAAGUCCUGUACAGAGAUUAUUCCAUGGAAGGCUGGGGAUACAAAACAGUAGUGAAAGAUGACCUCAAGUACCCUCUUAUCCAUGGGCAUGGAAAACAGGCUCGUUUGCUGGGCACCUUGGCUGUGUCUCGAGGCCUGGGAGACCACAAGUUGAAAGUCAUUGAAACAGAUGUGGAAGUCAAGCCUUUCCUCUCUUGCAUUCCUAAGGUGGAAAUAUUUGACCUAACCAGAGAAAACAUUAAGGAAGAUGAUGUCCUCAUCAUGGCAACUGAUGGCCUUUGGGAUGUUAUGUCAAAUGAAGAUGUGACCCAGGUUGUCAGAGAUUUUCUCCACGAUAACACAACUGACCCACACAGAUUUGUAGAGCUGGCCAAAUGUCUGGUACGGAAAGCAAGAGGGAAGAAAGAUGGAUACUACUGGACUAUGGACAAUAAUAUCCCUGCAUCAUAUGAUGACAUUUCUGUUUUCGUAAUUCCACUGUACAAGAAGGAUGAAUACCAAAUGAUGUCUUAACACUCAGUAAAUGGCAGAACUGCAUUUUGGAUAUGCGGGCCAUAUCCAGAUAGAUGCACGACUGUGGAGACUGCACCUUCAUUUUUUUGAAAGCAGCAUCAGAGAAGUCCAUUGAUACAGUUUGAUGCCAUCACUUUAUGUCAGUGACACAGUCCUGGCUUGGCUAUAGCAGAAGAGUAUGGAGUAAAGUAGCAAUCCCCCCUGCCAAAUUCUAUUGUUUGCUCUCCUUCCAAAAGCUGCAUGAAAGUCAGAGGAUGGUGACCCUGGUGAGCUCUAGCUCUGUAAUAAAUUCAGACAUAUAAUUUGAAAAGAUAGCCAUUUCCUUUGGAAUUAAGCUACUGCAAUAUGAAAUAACAAAGAAAAUAAUAUACUGGCAUUUUGAAAUUAUAUGAAAUUACCAUUUUUAUUCAUACAAUUGGAAUGAAGAUUUUGAUAGCAACUCUUUACCUAUUUUAUAAGCUAUUGAUUAGGUUCGUUUUACAUUUUGGCUUUAGCAGUUGUGAAACACCCAGAAAUUAGGGGAUGCCAUGUAGUAUCAAACAAGGGCAGCUGAAUAAUUGUUAACCAAUUGGACAGAACAUAUCAGAGUUGUACAUUCAUUACCACUGAAGGAAAUCAGUGUGUAUCUUGUAUGGUUUUUCCUUGGAUGCAUGCUGAGAACACCUGACUUUUGGGCAGGGUAGGGUUUUGAUCUAAAUUCAGUUAUUAGUUCCAUGUUAAGUAGACUUAUUGAAUCAAUGAGACUUACUUAAAUGUUAACAGAUACCACUCAUUUAGUAGGUCUGCUCUAGUUUGGACAAACAAUUCGUUUAGUCUACUGGCUUUUAUAGUUUGAGGAUUGUCUUUGUAUAUUGUUGACGUGUGUAACUCAUUUGUAUGUUACAUUGCUGUACCACAUGAAAUGUUAAUUUAUUAUAUAAAAUACUACCAAGCUGA